UGCAGUAAAAUCUUUUUAGCGUAUCUUUUUAGUGGUGUGACUGCAGUAAUAUUCUUCAUCCAUGCAAUACCUUGGUUUAGAAGAGCAGAGUGUAUAGAGAAGAGCAGAGGGGCAGAGCAUGUAGGAGAGAGGGAGGAGAUACGGUAAAGAUAAUGCAUACAGUAAUACAGAGCCUAUUUGCCUCAGAGGAAACCAUCCACACACAGCAGCGCUGGAAUUGAAACUGUGCUCUGCAGCACAGAGAGAAAGAAAGAGAGAGAGAGAGAGAGAGAGAGAGAGAGAGAAAGGGGGUGGGGAUAAAUGCCAAUGAAAUCAGGCUGUGCGUCAGUUUGCAGCUGAUCAUCACUCUUCAUCAGAGGGACUCUGACAUUCUUUAAUUAAUUAUUCUCUUCUUUCCUGUCCUUCUUGUACGUUUUCUUUACAGAAGCGAGGACACAACGUUUUUUUUUUUUUUCAAAGUUGCACUUUUAUGAAGUCUUUUCAUGGUGUUUCAAUGACCGGCUCCUUCAUUGAUUUUUGUGCAUCUUCUGUCUGGGCGGGAACUGAGCUCUUUGGAGACAGAUCAGGAUUUCACCCUGUAGAAAGCAAUCAAACACUUUUCUCAGCUUCCUUUCAGUAGAGUUUUUGGAUGUAACUUUUGUUUACUUGCAGCUGAUUCUCUAAGGUCCUGGAUUUUGGUUCUCCUUGCUGAUGGUCCCAUUGUACUCCUCUGUUCCUUGACUGUCCGAUCUGUUGCUGAGCUGAAUAUUGGUUGAACUGGUUUGGACUUACCAGCUCACACAAAGUGAAAUUGUGAGGAUGUCCGGCUGUGCCAGGCGCUGCAAACAUGGGUUAGUGAAGUUUGCUUUGUCUGUGAGCAAACUGGUGACGGGAACUCUCAUUAAAGAUAAGGUGGAUGAUGAUCUGGAGCUGUCUAUCGUGUGUCACCGUCCCGAGGGUUUGGAGCCACUGGAGGCUCAGACAAACUUCAACAAGAAAGAGCUGCAAGUGCUCUACAGAGGCUUUAAAAACGAGUGUCCCAGCGGUGUGGUCAACGAGGAGACGUUCAAACAGAUCUACUCGCAGUUCUUUCCUCACGGCGACGCCAGCACAUACGCGCAUUACCUGUUCAAUGCCUUCGACACUUCCGACAAUGGAUCCAUCAAAUUCGAGGACUUUGUAAUGGCUCUGUCCAUCUUGUUGAGAGGAACAACAACAGAGAAGUUACAGUGGACCUUCAACCUGUACGACAUUAACAGAGACGGUUACAUUACUAAAGAGGAGAUGACUGAUAUAGUGAAAGCCAUAUAUGACAUGAUGGGCCGCUUCACGUAUCCCGCUCUGAAGACAGACGCUCCCAAACAACACGUGGACGCUUUCUUUCAGAAAAUGGACAGGAACCGAGAUGGAGUCGUCACUCUUGAUGAGUUUAUUCUCGCAUGUCAAGAGGAUGAAAACAUCAUGAGAUCAUUGCAGCUCUUUGAGAACGUGAUAUAGAGCUACAGGAAGAAAGAAACCAAUGAACUAUUGAAUCUGAUCAAAUAAAGGAGGAAUAACUUUUACCCCAAUCACCAUGGUUACAGUUUGACAUCACCUUGUUACCAUGGCAAUAUGCCGACUGUUUGAUGUACAUCCCGGGAAACCUGCGCAUCCUUUAACCCCCGGUGUUUGACCUCGUUCUGUUACAGAUGUGAGAUUUAUAUGUCUAUAACCAAAAAAGCUACUAUGUCGGUAAUUGUGUGUGCGAAAGGCCCAGCGGGUUUCCAAGAGGUCCUGUAGAAGCCAGUUGAGCUCUUUCCAUGGGACUGAAUUUACUGUGAGGGAUUUGAAAGUACAUGUGAUGCAUUUUAAGCUAUUAAUGGUUGAUUGUGGGUACGUUUUUCAAGAGCAACAUCCGAUGUACUCGACCUGUGAUGGCUCUUCAGCUAAUGUGCUACAGAUAUUCAUCCUAAAACCGUUUUUCUGUGUCUGUCAUUUAAGUACAGUAGGAAUGCUAAUAAUAUAACCAGUGGUUUUCUCAUGAUCCGACCCAUCAGAGUUGCUUGUCUGCUGUGUUUGUUUUUGACAGCAUUUGUCUUGUGCUCGUGCAUCUCGUCAUCCUGACCACUGCUUGCUGGUCGUGUCCAUCAUUAGUGAUAGUCUGUAUUCAUCACUCGUCUCUUGUUGGCUUGUGAUCGCUCUUAGCUCGGCCUACUCGAAUAUCUGCUUUCUGAUUGGUCUGUUUGUCUGUCAGUCAGUCAGUGUCGUCUGAUAAGUAUCCUCAAAUGUGGUUCACAUUAAUGAAGUAGAGUGAUUUUAUUUAAAUAUGCAUAAAUUACAGAGAGAGCAGGUGUCUUAUUUCUAAUGCUUUUGGGGUGAAGUGUGAGACAUUGGCUCCUGUGCAGAUGGCUAUUGCAAGCUUUAGCUCUCACUAUAUUUGUCUUUGUUUGUGUUUAACUGAUAUAAAACCAUUUUUUGUUUUAUUGCGUUAAAGCUGUGAAUUGCCAAAACUUAGUACUGUUUUAUGCAGCCAUAAUGCCAACUUACUGUGACAAAAUUCAAGAGAGCAAAAAAAAAAAAAAAAAAAAAAGUUUAAUUAAUUAAAAGACAGAUAAUAAAAGAUUUAUAUCAUGCUUUGAUUUGUCUAGACAAAUGCAACUCUGCAUAAAUGACAUUAACAAUCCAGUUGCUUCGAAAUCUAAUGUAUAUCUGAAUGAAACAUUAUUUGUGGCCUAAUGGUUAGAGAGUUGCAACUAAGGUCACAGGUUCAGUUCUCAACAUUGGAUCUGAGUUUAAAAAUAGAGAAAAUAUAUUUAAAAUAAUUAAUAUUAGUAAACUCUUCAUAUAUACAGUACAGACCAAAAGU